CGCCGCGCCCGAGCCCAGCUCAGCUGCACGCCUUGCAGAGCUGGUAAACUGAAAUGUAACCGCGAGCAUCCCGUAUGCGACCAGUGUGCCAAACGCGGGAAACCGGAAGCUUGUCACUAUGUUCCGCCACCGCCCAAGAACAAACAAACGCACAAUAUGCGCGGCCGAAUUCGAAACUUGGAGAACCUCGUUGUGACUUUGAUCAACCAGAACGCACAACGGCGGCCUAGUGAUGCCGCUCAAAGCAUGCAAAGUGCGCCAUCGGUGGAAGGAUCGCUGAAUGACGUUACCACGAGCGAGGGAGGAUCCCCAAAAGACGUUGCAGAGGAAGAGCCCCCUAAUGUGGACUCCUUCGGCCAGUUGCGCAUAAGUCACUCCGGCACCGAGAACUAUGCGGGGCCGGGGCACUGGUCAACCAUACUGAAGGAGUUUGAGGAAGUCAAAAAGACCUUGGACGACGAUGACUGGGCCGAUGAGGAACAGCAGGACGAAUGGGAUUACCUCAGUGCUCGCUCAUCCGUCACUUUCGGACUGCCCAGGCCUGUGAACAAGACGUCCCUCAUCCAGGAGUUGCAGAGCAUAGGAAAGGAGGUCAUAGACCGCCUUCUCCCUCUAUGGUUGAACAGCGCGGAUCCUCUACUCUUCAUCAUACACCAACCGACUUUCAUCAAGGAUUACAACCAAUUCUGGAGCGACCCAUCUAGUUCCUCGGUCAUGUGGAUCGCUAUGCUGUUCAGCAUCAUGGCUCUCGGGAUUAUCGUGGGACCUCGCAAUCCAGGAAUGACGGAUCCUAACAAAUCGCGCGGUUCGCAGGGCCCGCUCGAGGACGACAGCGACAACCUCGUUCGCGCCGUAAACAGAUUCCAACAACUGGCCUCGUCAGCUAUGGUGCUUGCUGAUAUUGCAAAAGCGCAGCCCUACACUUUGGAAACCCUCAUGAUCUACUCAGAGUGCGACUUCUUGCGGAGAGACGAUCACCAUACAAAGGCGUGGCUGCUCAAUGGGGUCGUGGUGCGUGUAGCUCUACGCAUGGGCUAUCACCGAGAUCCUAGCAACUUCUCAGGUGUAUCUCCCUUCCACGCAGAGAUGCGAAGACGCAUUUUCAAUACACUUUACAUGUUGGACACUAAGAUAGCCUUUGUUAUCGGCCUGCCAACAAGUAUACGUACGUUCGACAACGAUGUCAAGCCCCCACGGAACUUGUACGAUACCGACAUAUCCCCGGAAAUGAAGGAGUUGCCGGAAUCAAGGCCAGAUACCGAAUUGACGCCUGCUUUAUACAAUAUCACCAAGCUGCGGAUAACAAGAAGCCUCUCAGAGGCAGUCGAAUUGACGCAGAGGGUCGUUCCGCCCAAACGUUCCGAUAUCAAGGAAGUGUACAAGCGCCUGGAAGAAGCCCAUCAGUUGGUGCCCGAGGUGCUACGUAUUCGCCCGUUAGAGGAAUACGGUGAAGACAGCGCGGUACUGAUUCUCGGAUGCUUCAACAUAGAGCUUCUCUACCAGAAGGCCCGGAUCAUGACCAUCUUCCGCGCAUGCUGGCCGGGAAGCCAACUGAACAGAGUAUGGUGGUACAUGUCGUCUUUCAACACCUAUGACUUUCUGUUGGCGGCUAUGGUGUUGUGUCUGGAGUUA